AUGGGACUUCUGUCGAAAGGUACACCACUCUCCUGGGAAGAGACCAAGCGGCGCAGCGAUUACGUGCGGCGCCGGGGCAUCUUGCAGUUCAUCAAGCUCUACCGCGAGGCACGGGAUCGCCGCAACGACCGGCUCUUGUGGGGCGACGAAGUCGAGUAUAUGCUGGUGCGCUUCGACCACGCUCACCGACGCGUCCAACUGCUGCUGCGAGGCGCCGAGCUUAUUCACGAGCUAAACGAGCGCGAGCUGCAGACGCCCAUGGCCGUGAGCCUCUGCUCCUGGCACCCAGAGUUCGGCGCGUACGCAAUGGAGGCCGUUCCCGGGCUGCCCUACGGCGACACUCUGGCGCACUGCAACGUCGUCGAGCACAACAUGCGUCAGCGUCGCGCCGAGGUCAGCGCACUGCUCGGUCCCGACGAGGAGAUCAUGUGCAUUACGGUCUUCCCGAGGCUGGGAUGUGCGGCGUUCACGCAGCCGCCGCACGAGCCCUCGCUCAACUCAGUCACCAUGCCGUCACUGUUCGUGCCCGAGCAGAUGAUCUACCCGGCACACCCGCGCUUCCGCACGCUGGCCCGCAACAUCCGGAUGCGACGCGGCAAGCGCGUCGUCAUAAAUGUGCCCAUCUUUCAGGACGUGAACACUCCGCGACCCUUCGUCGAAGACCUCGCGAAGCUCGGGGCGGACCAAGAGGCGCUGCUUGCCGCUCUGCCCGACCACGUGUACAUGGAUGCCAUGGGAUUUGGGAUGGGUAACUGCUGCCUGCAGGUGACGCUGCAGGCGUGCGACAUUUCAGAAGCGAUGCGCCUGUACGACCAGCUGGCCAACGUGUGUCCCGUCAUGCUGGCGCUGGGCGCGAGUAGCCCAGUCUUCCGCGGCUACCUGGUGGACAGAGACUGCCGCUUCGACGUCAUCUCGAUGGCCGUCGACGACCGCACCGACGACGAGAUGAACACGAUGCGGCCGCGCUACGCCAGCAUUCCCUGCUUCAUCUGCGCCGUCAACGAGUGCUACAACGACGUGCCGCUCGCCUACAACCAUGAAGCCUACCGGCUCCUGCGCUCCGAGAACAUUAGCCACGGCCUUGCGAUGCACCUGUCGCACGUUUUCGUCAGGGACUCGCUCUCACUGUUUAGGGAGAAGCUCGGCGAUGGCGCGGACAACGACUACGACCACUUCGAGAACCUGCAGUCAACGAGCUGGCACACGCUGCGCUUCAAGCCACCGCCGCCCAACACAGACAUAGGCUGGCGCGUCGAGUUCCGGCCCAUGGAGCUGAACAUGACCGAAUUCGAGAACGCGGCAUACGUCGUGUUCGUCGUGCUCCUCACCCGCGCCAUCCUGACGUUCGACCUGGACUUGGUGGUCCCCAUCUCCAAGGUGGACGAGAAUAUGCGCGUCGCCCAGAGGGUGGACGCCGUUCUGAAUGAGACGCUGUGGUUCCGCGAGGACGUCGCGUCCCCGCAAGCUGAGCCGCGCGUGGCGCGCAUGACGCUCAGCGAGAUAGUGAACGGCAAGCAGAGCGUAGGCUUCCCGGGUCUCGUGCCACUCGUGCGCGCCUUCCUGGCUGGCAUCGAAGAAGUGGACGUGAGCACCCGCUGCACCGUGGAGCAGUACCUGCAGCUUAUCGAGAAGCGCGCCUCCGGCCAGCUCAUGACGGCAGCGCGCUGGAUACGACACUUCGUCACCUCGCACCCGGAGUACAAGAAAGACUCAGUGGUGAGCGAUGGCAUCACCUACGACCUCGUGGCGCGCAUCAACCGGCUGCAGCACAACUUCUGGUGCUGCCCCGAGCUGAUCGGCACGCCAGCCUCCAGGUCGACGGCGACCCCGCCCGCCUCUCCGGCUGCGUCGGGAACGUCGUCGCCUUCGCGCGAGGAAGACUACCAGCCGCCUCGGCAUGGCUCUGCGUCGUCGGAGUCCAAUUGAUUGGCAUCCGCCUUCAGCAACGUAAUGAAAUCGCGGGACUACG